AUGACGAGCCUCAGCUACAGCUGCAUCGCCAACGGGCGCACCGUGCUGGCCGAGCUCAGCCUGCGCGGGGGCUGCUUCCGGGAUGCUGCUUCAUCAGUGGUAAAUUUAGUUCUUCACAAAGGCUUGAAAAAAACCACAGCUCACAUUGGAAGCUUUGUGUACCAUGCUCUGCUAGUUAAUGGCAUUACGUACCUAUGUGCUACAAACAACACCUUAGACAGCACAGGACCAUUUGUCUUUCUUAAAGAGAUUUGCAAAGCUUUCAUUGGUAGCCCCUUGAUAUCGCAAGUGACCUUUGCUCAUCCUUUUGAAUUCAACGCAGAUUUUCAACAGGUGCUGGGGAAAUACAUGAUGGAGUACAAUAGGAGAUCAGAUGACAUUACAAUUUCUACCCUGCAAAUUCAAGUUGAUGAUGUCAAAAAUGUUAUCUCCCAAAAUGUUGAUAAUGUUUUGCAAAGAGGAGAAAAGCUGAGUGACCUUGUUGACAGAACAGAUGAUCUCCAAAUAGAGGCUCAUUCUUUCCAAAAAACCACCACAAAGAUUUCCAGGAAGAUGUGGUGGAAAAAUGCCAAAAUGAUGAUAAUUAUUGGAGUCCUUCUACUUAUUAUUUUAAUAUUUAUCAUUCUCCUAGCUACAGGUGUUAUUCCAACAUAAACUUUUGACUUUUUUUGCCAAGCACAAAAAUUUUAUAAAUUGUAUUUAAAAAUUAUUUUAGAGCA